GCGCUCCUUUGAAUUUUUGGACCUGUUGUUACAAGAGUGGCAAACACAUUCGUUGGAAAGGCAUGCAGCUGUCUUGGUUGAAACGAUCAAGAAGGGCAUUCAUGAUGCUGAUGCAGAAGCAAGAGUGGAGGCAAGAAAGGCUUAUCUGGGUCUUAGAAAUCACUUUCCUAGUGAAGCUGAGACUCUGUACAAUUCUCUUGAGCCACCCUAUCAAAGAAGCCUCCAGACCUACCUGAAGAACUCUGGCAGUAUAGCAUCUCUCCCUCAGUCAGACAGGUCAUCCUCCAGCUCACAGGAGAGCCUCAAUCGGCCUCUAUCUUCUAAAUGGUCUGCAGCCAGCCCAGCAAGCUUUGCAGGCAGAGUUUCAGGCAGCAGCAAGAGCGUUCCAAGCCCAGGAACUCUGCAAAGGUCUCGCAGCGACAUUGACGUUAAUGCUGCCGCAGGUGCAAAGGCCCGCCACGCUGCUGGACAGACAGGUGGAGCUGGGCGCUUGUCAACUGCUGGUCUAACUCCGGGAUCUUACUCUUCGCUAGAGGAUACUUCUGACAAGAUGGAUGGAACAGCUUCUGAAGAUGGCCGUGUACGAACGAAGCUUUCAACGCCUUCUGUUGGUAUUGGAAAUUCUAAAACAGAUUCCAGAGGACGGAGUAGAACCAAAGUGGUGUCACAGUCUCAGCCCGGCAGUAGAUCUGGGUCUCCUGGAAGAGUUUUGACAACCACCACACUUUCCACGAUGAACACAGGAGUUCAGAGAGUGUUGGUGAAUCCUGCAACUGCACAAAAGCGAAGCAAAAUCCCGCGAAGUCAGGGAUGCAGUAGAGAAGCAAGUCCUUCUAGACUGUCAGUAGCACGAGGCAGCCGCAUUCCUCGGCCUAGUGUGAGUCAGGGCUGCAGUCGGGAGGCCAGCCGCGAAAGCAGCAGGGACACGAGCCCUGUCCGCUCUUUUCAACCCCUUGGUACUGGCUUUGGAAUCAGUCAGUCGAGUAGAUUGUCAUCAUCAGUAAGUGCUAUGCGAGUGCUGAACACAGGUUCUGACGUGGAAGAGGCAGUAGCUGAUGCUUUGAAGAAGCCUGUGCGAAGAAGAUACGAGUCCUAUGGGAUGUACUCAGAUGAUGAUGCCAACAGUGAUGCAUCAAGUGCCUGUUCAGAAAGGUCCUACAGCUCUAGGAAUGGGAGCAUACCAACGUAUAUGAGACAGACAGAAGAUGUGGCUGAAGUCCUAAAUCGCUGUGCCAGCACCAACUGGUCUGAGAGAAAAGAAGGCCUUCUAGGCCUUCAAAACCUACUAAAGAACCAGAGAACUUUAAGUCGUGUUGAGUUGAAAAGGUUGUGUGAAAUCUUCACAAGAAUGUUUGCUGAUCCUCACAGUAAGAGAGUGUUCAGUAUGUUUUUGGAGACACUGGUGGACUUCAUCCAGGUCCAUAAAGAAGAUCUGCAGGACUGGCUGUUCGUACUGCUGACACAGCUGUUGAAAAAAAUGGGUGCUGAUUUGCUUGGGUCCGUACAAGCAAAAGUUCAAAAGGCACUUGAUGUCACAAGGGAAUCUUUUCCAAAUGACCUCCAGUUCAGUAUUUUAAUGAGAUUUACUGUUGAUCAGACCCAAACACCUAGCUUGAAGGUCAAAGUUGCAAUCCUUAAGUACAUAGAGACUCUUGCGCAACAGAUGGAUCCAGGAGACUUUGUAAAUUCAAGUGAAACGAGGUUAGCAGUGUCUCGAAUCAUCACCUGGACCACAGAACCUAAAAGCUCAGAUGUUAGGAAGGCUGCACAGUCAGUGCUGAUUUCCCUUUUUGAACUCAACACUCCAGAGUUUACAAUGCUAUUGGGUGCUUUACCAAAAACAUUUCAGGAUGGAGCCACAAAGCUUCUCCAUAAUCAUCUCCGGAAUACAGGCAACAGUGGUCAGGGAUCAAUGGGAAGUCCUUUAACAAGACCUACUCCACGCUCCCCAGCAAGUUGGUCAAGUCCCCUCACUUCCCCAACCAAUACAUCACAGAACACUUUGUCACCAAGUGCAUUUGACUAUGACACUGAAAAUAUGAAUUCUGAAGAUAUUUACAGCUCUCUUCGUGGAGUCACUGAAGCCAUUCAGAAUUUCAGUUUUCGUAGUCAGGAAGAUAUGAAUGAGCCUGUAAAACGAGAUUCCAAAAAAGAUGAUGGUGAUUCGAUUUGCAGUGCGUCUGGAAUAGCAGGAAGUGGAGUGAGCGAUACAGGCCGGACUGCUCUUGAUAACAAAACAUCAUUACUCAACACAAUGCCUCCCCACUCUUCACCACGUUCACGAGAUUAUAACCCAUACAAUUAUUCUGAUGGUAUCAGUUCGUUUAAUAAAUCUGCUUUGAAAGAAGCCAUGUUCGAUGAUGAUGCAGAGCAAUUUCCUGAUGAGCCUCCCAUGGACCAUUCUGAUCUGGUUGCAGAGUUACUGAAAGAGUUAUCAAACCAUAAUGAGAGAGUUGAGGAAAGAAAGACUGCCCUGUACGAGCUCAUGAAGUUAACUCAGGAAGAGUCUUUUGGUGUUUGGGAUGAGCACUUCAAAACAAUACUACUUUUGCUGCUUGAAACACUUGGAGACAAAGAGCAUGCAAUUAGAGCUUUGGCAUUGAAAGUUUUAAGAGAAAUUCUAAGAAACCAGCCAGCAAGGUUUAAGAACUACGCAGAGCUCACAAUCAUGAAGACAUUAGAAGCACAUAAGGAUCCUCAUAAGGAGGUGGUGAGAUCUGCUGAAGAAGCUGCUUCCAUGCUGGCCACUUCCAUUAGCCCAGAUCAGUGCAUCAAAGUUCUUUGUCCAAUUAUCCAAACUGCAGAUUACCCCAUUAAUCUGGCUGCAAUCAAAAUGCAGACCAAAGUCAUAGAAAGAGUAUCUAAAGAAACCCUGACUCAGCUUUUACCAGAGAUUGUGCCAGGUCUAAUACAGGGUUAUGAUAAUUCAGAGAGCAGUGUUCGUAAGGCAUGUGUUUUCUGCCUUGUAGCCAUUCAUGCAGUAAUUGGUGAUGAACUAAAACCACAUCUCAGUCAACUCACUGGCAGUAAAAUGAAAUUACUGAACCUGUACAUCAAACGUGCACAAACAGGCUCUGGACCAGGGGAUACGACAGCAGAUCUGUCUGGACAAAGCUAAUGAAGCUGACAAGAAUUAACCAGGUCUCCUAAAGCCCCCUUCAGUGAAAGGAAAAUUCUUACAUACAACUUUUGGAACUUUUUUCUUGUUUUCCCCCCCCUUUUUUUUUGUCUUCAACCAACGGCUGUCCUCAGCCUGCAUGUGACUGUUGCAAUAGAAUUAUUCCAAAUCCAAGGAGAAACAGUAUUAACAUCAGUUGAUCAAAGCAGAAUAAAAUUUUAAAAUAAUCU